ACAGUGUGUGUCAUGUGGGAGCUUGUUUAAAAGCGAAGGGAGGCGCAGAGCAGAUGGGAUUAAGCGUCUGUCACACGAGCAGGGAGACACGGCCAAGAAAGUGAUAUACACUGUGAGGAGCUGGGCACAGGGGGCACAAGAACACCUGAAAGCAGGCACGAGAAAGUGGCACCUACAGAAUCUACUAUGACGUUAAACAAGAAAGAGAAAUUGGGAGUGUUGCAGCAGCACCGGGGGAGUCUCCCCCUUUCCACAGGACCUCACAGACGGGGCAGUAUGCCAUUGCCUUACAAGUACCAGCUGAGACGCACACAAGCAGUAGAUGAGCUGGACUGGCCAAGUGUCCAUUCUGGGUCAUCAGACUCUGUCAGGUCUUCAGAAAGUAGCCCAGACAGUGGGGUGUACAAAGUGAUGCUGCUGGGCGACAGUGGAGUGGGAAAGUCAACCCUUGCUGGCAUAUUUGGAGGAGUGGAGGACACCUUUCCCCAUGGAUCAGAACAUCCAGACGACACUUAUGAAAGGAAUUUGCUUGUGGACGGUGAGAAGACUACUUUAAUUGUAUAUGACAUCUGGGACCAGGCUGGUCCGCAAAGUUGGAUGCAGGACAGUUGUCUCCAGAUGGGGGAUGCCUUCCUUCUCAUCUUCUCAGUGACAGAUCGUAGCACUUUCCAGCACCUCCCUAGUCUCCUCUUGCAAUUGCGCACAGCUCGUCCUCAUCGCCACAUUCCCAUCAUCCUUGUUGGCAAUAAAGGUGACCUGGCCCGCUCAAGAGAAGUCAGCAUGGAAGAGGGACGAUCUCUGGCGGGUAUGUUGAACUGCAAAUACACAGAGAUUUCAGCUGCACUACAACACAACACCCAUGAGUUGCUUGAGGGGGUAGUAAGACAGAUCCGCCUAAGGAAGGAUGAAGGAGAACAAACUCUGCAGACCCCAAUCCUCCUGACCCCUGGCCGCAGAGAGAGUCUGACCAAAAGAGCACGCCGCCUUCUUCAAGGGCUGAUGGGAAAGCAUCGUGGCUUUUUCAAGCAGAGAUCAAAGUCUUGUCAUGACCUUUCAGUACUGUGAAAAACUGACUGGCAACAUGCAAAAUGUAAGCAACAUAGUGAUCACGUGGAAAAAGAAAUGGUGUUACACCAAAGAAGGUGCUGACUGAUAUGACUGACUUCAUGCUGAAACACAAACUAACCACAUCAGUCAUGGUAGCUACAGACAGAUCAUCUGUGACCUAAUGGCAUUGGGGUUAGAGGUGUGUUAGAGUCAGUGAAUGUAAUGAGCAAGCUCAUUCCAGAAAGGGUUAAUGGCUGUCAGCCUCAGUGUUGCCAAACCCCUGCCAGAACCAUGUAACGCCAUUCACUAGCCUCUCGGCAACCAUUCUAUAUUUCAAGUACUUCAGACUUUCAUUGCACAUUUUCUAAGUCUCAUUUUUACAGAAUGUUCUCAUAGUGCUGAACACGCCUCAUCUUAUACAGAACCUUUGAUUGAGUUUUGUGUCAAUAUUGCAAGGUGAUUUUGUGUGGAAAGAGCCGGACAGCAGCGUCUCACAGGGCGCAGUGCAGACGUGUAACUCAUGUGGCAGAUUAGAUAACGGGUAAUGAUUGUAGGACCCUCGUAUAGGGACAGCUUGGGGGCUGCAGGUCAUUCUGGAGGAGAGAAAUGUAAUGACAACAAAAGAAAUAAAGUCGUUUUUUGAA